CAACGAUCAAGUACUGCCAGAUCACACACACGUCCCUCUUAUAUCAUUCAUCAUGGCUCGCGGACUCCAGAAGAUCGAAGCUCAGCAAAAGGCGGCAGAAAAAGCCAAGAAGGGCGGCAAUUCCACUCUCAAGAAGGACAAGGGAAUGAAGUUCCAAUGCUCAACGUGUAAGGCAGAGAUUGACAAUUUGAACAACAUGAAGAUCCACUGGAGUUCGAAACAUCCAAAGCUCCCUACACCAACAGACGAGUUCGCAAGCAUGGGAAAGGCUCCAGCAGAGCCAAACAAGAAGUGAACGAAAUUGAACGUCAUGUGAAUAUCACGUGAGAUACCUCAACCUUUCAUGGAAGGAGAUGAUACCUAGAGAGAUACCCGGAGAAAUACAGCAAAUGAUUUGAAUGGCUUCUGAAAAA